AUGUACUUGUACGUGACGACCCUCGCGAAGAAUCUCCCCUUGAUGAACUUUGUCAGCGCCAUCCCCUUCUUCAUCUAUCUGAUGCGUCACCCGAUUGUGCAACGAAUGAUGAUGCCAUCGCUCAAAGCCAAGGUGGGUGUGGGCAAAAUCAAGGGCGUAGUGGGUCAGAUCGUUGGCCAGAGAUUCGGAGAAAACAAAGUCGUCCGGGAGGACAUGAUCCAAAGCUUCAUCAAAAAUGGUCUGACGCAGGGUGAAAUAGCGGACGAAGGAAUGUUGCAGCUUUUCGCCGGCUCGGACACGACAUCUACCGUGCUGAGGUCCGGUUUGUUUUACAUCAUCACAAACCCACGAGUCUGCACCCGACUACAAGCAGAGUGCGAUGCCUCAGGAGUUCCUCUGACGGAAAUCAUAUCGGCCGCGAAGGGUCCAACGCUUCCAUACUUGAACGCUUGCGUCAAAGAGGCUCUGCGCUACCACCCAGCUGGAACUGGUCUACUGCCGCGUGUGGUUGGCCCAAAUGGAGACUACCAUGAGGGCAAGUAUCUCCCCCCAGGCACUACCAUCGGAUUCUGUGGCUGGAACGUGUUCAAAAACAAUUCAGCCUAUGGCCCGGACUACUCCGAAUUCAGGCCGGAACGCUGGUUUGAUGCAGAUCCUGAGAGGCUAGCACGAAUGGAGAAGGCACAUGAUUUGGUGUUUGGUUAUGGGAGGUAUAAAUGCAUGGGGGAAAAGAUUGCAAGGAUCGAGUUACACAAGGCAAUUUUCGAGCUUAUCAGGAGGUUCAACUUUACUGCCGUCGAUGCCAUGAAACCUUUUGACCAGUAUGAAAACCAUGGCGUGUUUGUCCAGCAUGGUCUCUGGGUGAGAGCAGAGGAACGAGUACCCAAGACAAAGGAGUAG